GAAAUAUUAUUCUGUACAUUUCAUUUUCUCUUAUCCGUCUCAACUUAAAUAAUGAGGGACUAUAUCGCGUGAAAUAUUUUUUUUGUCUAAGCUUAGGCUAACAAAAUAAAAUACAUAAGAUAAUAAAAACUAUUGCUCACUCCUUUCUUCUAUUAAAUUGAAGCAGAGACUUGCUCCUCUCUCUCUCUGACUCUGAAAAAGAUGAAGUGGAGAAGUUAAUGUUCACCAACUUGCUGUAAAGUCUGAAACUUUCUUCCUACUGUCAAGCUCGUCUCGCAUUCUCCUUCUUCUCUGUUUAUUUCUCUCUCAGCCUCUUUGUUAAGAAAGAAAGAUUUUAGUUGGAAGUACAAGGAGUAGUCUUCUCAGAUCUGGUAAUAAAGAGAGAGAGAGAGAGAAAGAGAUUUGAGUUUCUACUAAUCUUUUUUUUUUCAUUUCACCAUACUGUUGAGAAAAAAUGAGUAAAGAGGAGUUGAUGAAGAUCCAGACCUGUGUUCUUAAAGUGAACAUACACUGUGAUGGAUGUAAGCAGAAAGUCAAGAAAAUCUUGCAGAAAAUAGAAGGUGUUUUCACGACCAAGAUUGAUUCAGACCAAGGGAAAGUGACGGUCUCUGGGAACGUAGAUCCUUCUGUUCUCAUCAAGAAGCUCGCAAAAUCUGGUAAACAUGCUGAAAUCUGGGGAGCUCCAAAGGGUAACAACAACAACAAUCAGAAUCAAUCACAGUUGGCCAAUCAGAUGAAAGGGAUGCAGAUAGACAAUGGAAAAGGUGUCGGUGGAAAGAACAAUAACAACAACAAAGGUCCAAAGAAUGGCGGUGGAGGUGGCGGUGGAGGUGGGGGUGGAGGAGGCGGCGGAGGUAACAGUAAUGGGCCGAAGAUGGGUCAACAGCUGAGUCCACAGCAGAUUCAGCAGCUUCAACAGAUUCAGAAGAUGAAAGGGUUUCAAGAUCUGAAGCUUCCUCCACAGUUGAAGGAUUCUAAGGGCUCUGUUGCUCCUCCUCCUGCGAACAAGAACCAGAACCAGAAAGGAGUGAAGUUCGAUGUUCCUGAGGAUGACGAGGAUGAUGAUGAGUUCACUGAUGACGAUGAGUUUGAUGAUGAGUUUACUGAUGACGACGAGUUUGAUGAUGACGAGUUCGGUGAUCUCCCUCCUCCGUCUAAUAAGAUGAAGCCUAACAUGAUGAUGCCUAACGCUCAGCAGAUGAUGAUGAUGAACGCUCAAAAGAACGCUAUUCUUGGCGGUAAAGGAGCUCCUGGCGGUGGAAACGGCGGCGGCGGUGGUGGCGGCGGUGGUGGUAAAGGUGGUCCCGGCGGCGGUGGCGGUGGAAAAGGUGGUCCUGCUGGUGGCGGUGGGAACCAAAACCAGGGUGGAGGCAAGAACGGUGGUAAAAAACGGUGGGGUGGUGGUGGACAACCACAAGAUGGUAAAAGCGGCGGUGGAGGCGGUGGUCCAAACGCCGGAAAGAAGGGUAACGGUGGUGGUGGUGGUGGUGGGCCCAUGGCUGGAGGACUGCCAGCAGGUUUCCGUCCAAUGGGAGGCGGAGGACCACAAAACAUGAACAUGCCUAUGGGUGGUCCAAUGGGUAUGGGUGGUCCAAUGGGAAAUAUUCCGGCGGUUCAAGGAUUACCGGCAACCGGCCAGGGUGGUGUACCACCUGGUUAUUUCCAAGGAGCCGGGCCAGACCCGAUGCAAAUGCAGCAGCAGCAACAACAACAACAGUAUUUAGCAGCGGUUAUGAACCAGCAACGUGCCAUGGGAAACGAACGGUUCCAACCAAUGAUGUACGCAAGGCCACCACCGGCAGUUAACUACAUGCCACCACACCCGCAUCAAUAUCCAAGCCCGUAUCCGUACCCGUACCCGUAUCCAUAUCCACCUCAUGGGAAUGAUCAAUACUCUCACGCCUUUAGCGAUGAGAACACGUCAAGCUGCGAUAUUAUGUGAUUUAAAAAUAUCGAAAAAAUAAAACUUGUGUAUCCUUUCUUUUUUCUUUUGUAUUCGACGGAUAAAAAAUCCUAAGUUCUUUUAGGUUGUUUGUGUUUCCAAGUUUGUGAUAGUUUCACUAGUUUUUGUAGAAUUCUAAUAUAAGAUUUGGACGUUCGUUCGUCUAUAUAUUAAGUUAUAUUGAAGUA